AUGUAAAAGCAGAAGACUCAAACAUAUAAAGAUUCCCACACGUUGGAAGAUAGAAAGAAAAGAGUGUAGGAGCAACUAGCAAAGUAUCCUGAAAUGAUUCCCAUAAUCGUGGAAAAGAUUCCAGGUUGUAAAUUACCUUAAUUGCAAAAAGUGAAGUUUUUGGUGAACUCUAGUUUCUCCUUUAAUGAAUUCAAAAAUACAAUCAAAAAGAAAUUGAACUUGGAUGAGAAAACCUCGACCCUAUUUAUGUAUUGCGGAAAAAAUUUAAUGAAUGAACGUACUUCUUAUAAUCAAUAAUUAGAUGAUAAAUUAAAAAACAUUUACGAUUAGUACAAAGAUCCAGAGGAUGGAUUCCUCUAUUUGCAUUAUGCAGAUGCAGAAACCUUUGGUUUUUGA